AUGCCCUGUGACCUCUCCCUUUAUUUAAACAAAGAGUUCGCCCGCAGCCUGGGCGGCCUCACGCUGGGCCUGCUGCUGGCCAGCAUUUACGGGGCCCUGGUGCUGCUGGUGCAGGGCCACAAUGUCUGGUACUGCCUGAGCGUCACCGUCUUCAUGGGUGCGGGGAUGGGCCUGGGCAUGGCCUUCUCCAUGAAGACGCGGAUGAUCGUGCUGCUGGCACUGCCACACUUCUUCACCAAGGAGGGGAAGAUGAUGGUCAUGAUGCUGGCGCUGUGCCUGACCGUGCAAGGCCCUGGCACCAAUCUCAUGCACAACGUCUCCCAGCUCGCCAAGGCGCUGUCGUGUGGGGCUGAGCUGGCCCAAAACCAGACGGCCGAGCGGCUGCAACGUGCCAAGGAGCCACUGCUGAACUUGCAGAGGAAAAUCAAGGAGAUUGGCCAGAAUGCCAAGGUGCUGGGUGACCGUGUCCGUAAAUUCAUCCGCUCCAUCACAGACUCCACCAGACACGUUGCCCGGUCCCUGCGCAACGUUUGGAUGUGGCUGGCGAGGGCUGGGAACAUCUGCAACCGCGAGCUGGGGGAUCCCAAGACGAGCUGCUAUCGCUACAUAGACAAGGCCAAGGACAGGUGUGAGCGUGCCCUGCCCCUCCUCUUCCACAUCUGCUACAUUGUCAUCACCUUCAAGGCCCUCUGCGGCAUGAUCAGCACUCUUUCAUUCAUGUUCUGCACCAUCCCAAAGUACAUCCAGAAGUUCAUCCGGACCAACCUUGCAACUCCCAUCACGGACGCCCUGAACCGUGUCCGUGCCGAGUUUGAGUUCAACAUCACGAUCAUGCACCACUUCAGCGUCAACCUCAACGCCAGCAAGAGCCUGGGGGAGGUGUCUGCCGAUAUCAUGGAGGCCGUGCAGCACCACAUGGAGCCCUACCACCGCUUCCUGGAGCUCUUCUCCUACAUCUCCUUCUUGGCCGUCCUCUUCUUGUGGUACCGCGCGGUUAAGUACCGGCGCCGCUACCUGCGGGACGACACCUUUGACAACGUUUACAUCACGCGGCGCUUCGUGGAGAUGGACCUGCGGUGUGCAGAGCAGGGCAAACCCACUGUGCUGCCUCUGUCGGGGCGGGAGAGGGGCCGCUACAUCCCGCCAGGUGCGCUGUGGCUGUCAAAGACUGAGCGAAGCCAGUAUGGGAUUCAGCUCUUUGGGUUCCUGCGCCACACGCUGUUGGGGCUCAGCAUCAUCCUGGCUGAUUACAGCAUCUUCUGGCUCCUUGACCUGUUCCGGCACCAGCUGAGCGCGGAGAUCAUUGCCAGGGCGCCAUCGACCAUGACCAUCAGCGUCAACGGGACGGGGUACACCAGUGAGAUCUACAAGGACCUGGUCUCUGCCUUCAACACGCUGCAGGAGGGCGAGGUCUCGGUGCUGUCCCAGGUCUGCCUCAUCCAGCCCGUGGAGCCCGACCAUGCCACCUACAUCACCAUAGGAAUCCUGUACGGUAUCUGGCUCUUCAUCGCCGUCUUCGGUUCCUACAUGGCACGCCUGCGCCGGGCGGUGUGUGCCUGGUACUUCCCAUCCCGUGAGAUGGAGCGCCUGGCCUUCCUCCACAACAUCAUCCGGGCACGGCGGGAAUGGGCGGUGUUUGCCCUGAGCCGAGGAGGCACGAAGCACUUGGCCGGUACCGGGAAGAGCAGGCUCUUCCUUAUCCUCAUCUCCAGGUUCCCUCUCCUUGCUCGCCUCGCUCGCCGCGCGGGCAUCCAGCGCAAACACUGCCUGACCUGUGGGAUGGCAGAGCGGCCAGAUUUCACUGCCUGCAUCACACCCAACUGCAAAGGGUUGUUUUGCAGCGACUGCUACAAAACCCUGAACAACAUCUGCUCCGUGUGCAUGGCCCCUCUGAGCUACCCGGACUCUGGGGAUGAGGAGCUGUGA